AUGGAGGAUCAUGACCAGCCAUCACGAUGGACACGAACAAAACACGCCUUCUCCUCAUGGCACUCAUUCCACAACGCCAUAAAACUAAAGACUGCUUCUUCCAUGCUCACUAACGAAGAUCUCCUCCCUUCGCCACCCGAGAGACAAACCUGGACUGUAUGGAACUUCUUUGCUUACUGGUGGAGUGAAUCCUGGGCCGUCUCAACCUGGUCCCUCGGCUCCUCGUUGAUAGCCCUCGGCGCAACUGUCCGUGACGCUCUGCUGGUCAUUAUAUUCGCAAAUCUGUUGUCUGCGGUAGUCAUUGUGCUUAAUGGUCGUGCUGCAUCGAGGUAUCAUGUUGGAUAUCCCGUGUUGGCGAGAACGACGUUUGGGAUUUGGGGGUCGUACUUUUUUGUGGUUUUGAGGGCCAUUUUAGGUGUCGUUUGGGGGGGCGUGCAAAUGUUUUUUGAGGGACAGUUUAUUUCGAUUUGUCUUCGGUGCAUAUUCCCCGGUUGGACCAAGAUUCAUAAUUCUAUUCCAGCGAGCCAGGAAAUCACUACACAGGUAAUGGUUGGCUUCUUCCUCGCCUUCCUCUUCACUCUUCCACUCAUGUUUAUCCAUACCUCCAAAAUCCGUCACCUCUUCAGCCUCAAAGCCAUCGUCUUCCCCAUCGCUGCUCUCGGAGUCGUAUGUUGGGCCACCACAGCCAACGGCGGCGUAUCCUCCAACGCCCUGCAAGCAACAGCCUCAAAACCUUCUUCCACCACAGUCUUCGUCUGGGGUAUAAUCUCCCAAUUCAACUCCGUCAUGGGCGCAAACUCCGCUUUAUUGGUUACUGUCCCGGACCUUGCGCGAUACUCCAAAACCAAGAAUGCCCAACUCUGGGGUCAAUUGUUGGGUUUACCUGUUGCGCAAUUGGUUUGCGCCUCCUUUGGAAUUAUAACUACCUCUGCCGUGCAUCAUAUGUGGGGGCAAACUUUCUGGAAUCCGUAUGAUCUUUUGAAUGGAAUUCUGGAUCAUUCGUAUACUUCCAAGGCUCGAGCAGGUGUGUUUUUCGCUUCGGCUUCGUUUGCAUUUGCAACGAUGGGGACUUCGAUUGCGUGUAAUAUUGUGCCGUUCGCUGCGGAUGUGACGUGUCUGGCUCCAAAGUAUGUGAAUAUCAUUCGGGGACAGUUUAUUUGUUUAAUCCUUGCUUUUGCGAUUGUGCCAUGCUUCCUCAGCGGCUACUCUAUCUUCCAAGGCAGUGUCGUCUCCAUCAUGACAGUCGACUACUUCCUCAUUCAACGAGGAAACCUUCACAUCAGCGAAAUGUUCACCACUUCUCGUUCUGGUCGGUACUAUUACACCUACGGCAUAAACUGGACUGGAGUCGCAGCUUUCAUUGCCGGAUUCUGUCUCCCUCUCCCCGGAUUCAUCCAGAGUUUUGGAACGGUGAAUAUUUCAAAUCCUACUGCAAUAUAUCUGUAUGAUUUGGGAUGGGUGUUGAGUUAUCUUGUUGGUGGGGUGGCGUAUUUUGUCGUCUCGUUGAUUACGGCUAGAAGGACGAUUAGAGAGAAUAGGUCGUUGCCGUUUGAAGGGAAUGUGCCGAGAUCGAUUGCUAUGGGAGGACAGAAUGGUGCGCUUGUUGUGGAUGGGACGGAGAUUGUGGUUGGAGUGCCUGGACACGAGCAGGAAGGGUCUGUUAAUGGGAGUGUUGGUCUGGUGAAGGGAGGGAUGACAGAAAAGGUUGCUGUAUAA